AUGGCGGCGUACGAGAAGCGGCGGGCGGCCGCCGCCCCGGCCCCGGCCCCGGCCCCGGCGGCGGGCAGCGGGCUGGCGGAGCCGGCUCGCGCGGCGGCGGGCGAGCUGGGGAGCGAGGCGGAGUUCCUGCUGCGGGCCGGCGUCACCGCCAUGGUGCGGGAGGCGCUGCUGAAGGUGCUGGAGGCGCGGCCCGAGGAGCCCGUCUCCUUCCUGGCCGACUACUUCGAGCGGCUGGUGCUGGGCAGCCCCGGCGCGGCGGGCGAGGCCGCCGCGGAGCUCCCGGGGCCGCCGCAGCGCCUGGCCCGGGCGCUGUGGUACGUGCGCCUGGCUCACCACUCCCACAGGACGGCCUUCGACAGCAACGCCGGCGCGGCCUACGAGGUGCUGGGCGCCGGCGGCCGGCGGCGGAAGGCGGGCGUGGACGGGCGGCUGUACAGCGAGCUGCUGCGGCGCAUCUGCCAGCACGGGGGAGCGCCGGCGGAGGCGGCGGCGGCGCUGCUGGGGCGCGUCCGCUGCCGCGACCACGAGGCCGUGCCUUUCGACGUCUUCCGCUAUGGCGUCCUCACCUGCUUCGUGCUGCUGGAAUUCGCGGCCAAGGCGGACGCGCUCUUCGGCGUCCUGGACGGCGGCUCCGGCGCCGCCGACGGGAGGGUCUGCCAGGCCGUGCUGCGGGCGCUGGAGGACGCGCUGGGCGCCGGCCACUUCUCUCUCCCCAGCCGCUACCUGGAGGCGGGCUCCAAGCUGGGGCCGGACGGCCUGGCCCUGGCCAUGGACCGGGCGCUGCAGGAGAGGAAGCUGGGCGCCUCCAUGAGCAGGGAGGAGUUCCUGAAGAAAGCCACCGCCUUGUUCGUUGCAAAAGUGAAGCCUGUUGAGUAACGCCCGGGUGGGAGCAACGCUGACUGCGUCCGCUUCGAACCCCUCGAGUGCUCCGCGCAGAGCCAGUCACGCGAAGGAGGCUCCGGACCCCGGCGCUAAGCUGGACGGCGAGCACGGGGGGCUGGUCAGGCGCUGUCUGGAGAGCCUGGGUCUGCCCGACGAGAGAUUCCCGAUUUCCAUGCUCCCUUCCUUGUUCCGAGCGUGCCAGGUGCCCAGCCACCUCCAGCGCCGGAUGCGUCCCUGUCCGCUGUGCCUCUCCCUGCCGCAGCUCCUCCGAUCCAGCCGGCAUUAGUAAAUCUUAUGUAGGUGUUAACUGGGGACUUGCAAGGAGGCCUGUAAACGGUAGGGCAGCGUUAGUCAUGAAAAAUGAGCUAGAAUGAAGUAAAUGUGGGGCUGGACCUCCAGAUAUCCUGCAGUUUCGUCCUAGCCCUGGCAAUGUCAUGUUUUGCAGCUUCAGCGGGGAACUUUGUUUCUGCUUUUGGGUUUGUUUCACACCUACCUGUGAAGUGGGGGGCGAUGCUUAUCUACCUCACAGACUACUGUGAGGAUUCGCAGGUAAAUACAGGGCUGAUCCAAAGUGUGAGAUAAAGCGUUAUUUUAUUAAGCAAAAUGUUUUAAACGCACAGCAGAUGAGAAACGGCCGGCUGGGGAGCAAACCUCCCUGGGAAGGGCAGCGAGCCAGAGGGGGUUCUGCCUCUGCCGGCAGCCGAGCUGCGAGGCGAUGAGCUGUCCUUGCUGUCUGCUUGCUCGGCGUUUACCCAACCGCCUCUGGCUGCUGUGGUCCGGACUCUGAAGAUCAAAGCUCAUACCUGAGCCAUGACUUCUCAAGCGAAGCUGCAGAGUCCUACGGAUUUGAUAAUGAUUUGGGCUGUGGAGCACCGGGUCAAGACGAGACAAACCCCCUUCCCUGAGGUCAUAGUUUGCUUUUGAACAGAGAUGCGUGUUGAACCAUGUGUUAUUUAUUUGAACUUGUCUGUUAAUUAUUUAUACUGUGCCAUUAUUGGUUUACUGUAAGACAUUAAAGCUUUUUAUUAUUGUU